UUCAUUCAUGGAAUCGAUUCCCAGCCUUACUGCUGUCUGACCCUCCUGUCCCGAGGCGGUGGUCUUUAAGCAUUAGGCUAAUGACUGGCGGUUUAUCCACCGGAUUGGUGUCAGUUUGGCUAAACACUCGGGGUUGAUAAGAACAUUUUUAAUCACAGUCUGGAUCCGGGAUGUCGGGCUACUGAGUGUCACCUGGCUGUAGGAAGAGAAGAGCAGGGAAGAGAAGAGAAGAGAAAGGCUCCUCCUAGAUAUAUUGUGUUUAAAUUUGUCUCUUUGUUGACCGGCUCCUAAGAAGCUAAGGUGCCAGCCUUGGUCCUGAACAUUAUCUUCUCCAGACUCCAGAGUCCACGUUGCUCCUCAUCACGUCUGUGACUUAGACCAUUUCCCUCUUCCCGAUCUCUCCUCACUGCUUCUCAGCACUCUCCUACAUCUCCCAUAAUCCUCCUCUCUAUCCCUGACCUCCUGAGUUGCCAUGGCAACCGCCAAGCCAAAAGGGCAGAACUCUCUGGCCCUGCAUAAAGUGAUUAUGGUCGGCAGUGGAGGUGUGGGCAAGUCAGCUCUCACCUUGCAGUUCAUGUACGAUGAGUUUGUGGAGGACUAUGAGCCUACGAAAGCUGACAGCUACAGGAAGAAGGUAGUCCUGGAUGGAGAGGAGGUUCAGAUCGAUAUACUGGACACAGCAGGUCAAGAAGACUAUGCGGCCAUUAGGGACAACUACUUCCGCAGUGGAGAGGGCUUCCUCUGUGUCUUCUCCAUCACCGAGCUGGAAUCAUUUGCUGCGACUGCUGACUUCAGAGAGCAGAUCCUGCGUGUGAAGGAGGAUGAGAAUGUACCCUUCCUUCUGGUGGGGAAUAAAUCGGACCUGGAGGAUAGGAGACAGGUGAGCGCAGACGAGGCCAAGAGUCGAGCUGAGCAGUGGGGUGUGUGCUACGUGGAAACAUCCGCCAAAACCCGCGCCAACGUGGACAAGGUGUUCUUUGACUUGAUGAGAGAAAUCCGUGCCAGAAAGAUGGAGGACAGCAAGGAGAAGAACGGGAAGAAGAAGAGGAAAAGUCUGGCCAAGAGAAUUCGAGAGAGAUGUUGCAUUUUAUAGUAAAAAGUGCUUUAACAAUCAUUACCAUGCUCUUCCCUAAUGUUUUAAAUAUGUAAAUAUGUCUGUUCUAUAUUUCACCUCACAGCCAGCUAAUCCUGGCGUGUGUGUGGGGUUUGCAGCGUUGUCACGGUGAUUGUGCGUCAGAGCCGGAGAUGGUUUCAUAGCGCUUUAGAGUUUCGCCUCAGGUGAAGCUACUAGGAGCUCUUUUUCAAUUUCCGCCAUGUGUUCCGCCAUUAUGUACCAGAAAUCCACAAUAUCUUGUGGAGAGUCUUUGCCACAUGUUGGCAAAAGUCACGUUUCAAAUUGCUCUCAAUCCAACCAGUGAUUUUUACAGGUUCGGCACAAGCCCCGGGAUCCUGAUGCUCGAUGAAAUCCUGAACUGGAACCAGCGGGUCAAAAAAAUGUGGACCACUCGUGUAAACUAUGACCCCUGUUUUGGAUUCAGGUCUAUUAUGUCUGGGCUAUUUGUUCACUUUUUUUGUGAAAAAGAGGUCAAAUAACCCACCAAACAGACCUUGAACUGCCUUAGAAUGAAAUCAGAUGGAAAUAUGGUCAGCGGUCACUAAGUCUCUAAUGGGCCAUUCUGUGUCCUUAUUGUAAAAACAUAGUUUUUAACUUUAAAAUUUAAAUAUAUUGUUGUUACAGUUAAAAUGGUGUGAACUGAUUGGCUGUCAGUUGUGAUAAAUUGUUGCUAUUUAAAUGAAAAGCACAGUAACGUCUUUGCUAGCUAUUAACCCAAUAUCAAACACUGACACUUACGAACUAUGAGACACUAGCUGUGUGUAUGUUUAACUUAUAGUUUCCCCCUUUAUUUAAUUUUAUGCUUUUUGCUAAACUUGUGAGAAAUGUGAAUUGGCAACAGGAAGUUGCUUGCAAAGCAUCUUUGGGCCAUUUGACUUCCUGAUGCCUUGAUGUCCAAUGUGAAUGUGAAGCUCCGUAUUCAACCUUUUAAUCAAGUGUCAUAUUGGAGCAGUAGUUUGCAGGGAAUGCCACUGACCCUGUACAGCGUUAUUUUAAACUGUUAACACUGUGCAGGGCUUUGUUGUAGUUUGUAAAGGUGGUGUUUUGCAAGUUGU